UCUUCAUACAAAGUCCACAUGCAACAACAUUCGCUGACAUUAAUUCAAUCUAGAAUCCCAAAAUAAAUUCCACCGUCUAUUUGGGCACAACGUUUAUGACUACAACUUCCCUAUCAUUAAAUCGGCUUCAUAGUUCAUACUACACUUCAAAUCGUCAUCUGAUUUCAGUUUUAGACCAAACCCACUUGAAAUCUUUGCUGGUCUUAAUACAGUAGCAAUCCAACCCUCUUUCCCAGUACACUUGUUUUUUUUUAUUCAUGUUGUUCUUCAUGAUUUUAAGGUGGGUUCGUCUCAAAUUCAUCUGGGUUGUGAAGAUUGGAAGCGAAUAGUUGUGGAAUGGCUACUGUAUCAUCUUUGACCAAGGGUGUGAGAAGAACAGGGGCAAGAAAUAAGUCCCAAUUGGAGUGGCCUUCACCUGAUUCAAACACAAAUUUCAGUUCCAGAAAAGGGAGUAAUCAGGGAGAUAGUGAUUCUGAGUUCACUUUAUUCACUUCAUCCAUGCAUGGUUCGAACGUCCAGUGCAACAUCUUCGAUUGA